UAUUCUGUCGUUGUAUGUAUCACAAAACCAGUUAUCAAAAACUCGAAAGCUGAAGUACAAGACAUCAAGAAGUCAAAGCAAAACAACCAGAAAUGGCGACUGCCACCCUCACCGAACUCAAUCUCAAUGGAAAUUCCGACCCAGAACCUGAACUGAAACCGGAAUCAACCACAGGUUGCUGUAACAAGAAGAACCAAAACAACACUGCUGUGAAGUCUUGCUCUGGGAUUUGUGUUCCAAACAAGAACGAGGUAUGCUGCAACGAUUCCCGGGAUACCUCCAGAAACCAGCCUUGCUGCUCUCCCAGCCAAGUCGAGGAUGGAACUUGUGUUCACGAUGGCAAUGCUGCCAACGUCAACGAGGAGCCCAAGAUUAGUUUCUUUGCCAAGUACCUUACCAUUUGGAUCGCCCUGGCCAUGAUCUUGGGCACCUUGCUGGGAUCCUUGGUACCAUCUAUUCCAAAGGCAUUGGAAAAGGCCACGGUGAAACAAAUCUGGAUUCCGGGAGCCAUCUUUGUGUGGCUUAUGGUGUACCCCAUGAUGCUGGGAGUUCGUUGGGGCAAGAUCCGUCAAGUGCAUUCCAGCCCCGGCGGUCUCUGCCUUACCACGUUCAUCAAUUGGGCCGUGCAGCCCUUCCUCAUGUACGGGCUCGCCGUUCUGUUCUUUGAGUAUGCCUAUGCAGGCCUGUUGGAUCCGCAGACGCAAUCGGAUUACAUCGCCGGAGCCGUCAUUCUGGGUGGCUCGCCCUGUACGGCCAUGGUCUUUGUCUGGUCCAGUCUCGCCCAUGGAGAUCCCAACUACACACUUGCUCAAGUCGUCCUGAACGAUUUCAUUCUCCUCUUUCUAUACGUGCCCACCACGCGCCUUCUCCUGGGUCUUUCCGAUAUUACCUUGCCCUGGGGGACCGUGUUUUUGUCGGUUGGUCUCUUUGUGGUGGUUCCCUUCCUCUUGGGGAUGUUCACGCAUCUGGUGGUCUUGCGCAAGGAAAACGGAGAAGACAUGCUGACUCGCAUCCAGACUCUCUUUCAGCCCAUCUCCGAAGUCUCUUUGGUUCUAUUGGUGGUGUUCAUCUUUAUUUCGCAAGCCCAAGUCAUCACCGACAACCCUGGGGAUGUAUUCUUGGUCAUGGUCCCCCUGAUCCUUCAAACCAGUAUCGUGUUUCUACUCACGUAUGGUGCAGCCUACUUGUUUUGCCUGGAGCACAAUAUUGCUGGACCGGCCGCCUUCAUUGGCUCGUCCAACUUUUUUGAAUUGGCCGUGGCCUUGGCCAUCACCGUCUACGGUCCCGAUUCGGGAGCCGUCUUGGUGACCGUGGUGGGAGUUUUGGUGGAAGUCCCUGUAAUGCUGAUGGAGGUUUUCAUUGUAAACAGGACCAAAGACAAAUACGAGUGUCGUUUGGUGGAUGAAAACUGCAAGUGUAAGAAAGCGUGAGCACCACUGCAAGGUUCAAUCAUUCAUUGAAACAAAAGAUUGAUGUGACAAAAUGGACUACGGUAGCUAGAGAGAACAAGGAAAUCAUACCGUAGUAGCAAAGAGAGUGGACGAACUUAGUUGAUGCAGACCUAGUAGUCUAGUCUUCCGCAGAAUGGUCCAUGUGAAGACCAUGAAGUUGGUCCAGUCCAAGUGUAUCCAGGUGCCUGGGGUGGGUACAGAACUUGCUGGAAGGGAGCAGGUCAUGGCAGAGGAAGUAGAGUGGUCAGAGUGGUGCCUGGUGUGGCCUCAUGUAUUGUAGAGGUAGGUCAGGAGUGGGGCAAGCCAAGGAUUGGUUCAGCCAUGUCACUGCUGUAAUAUGGAGUGUAAAUGAUCUCUUGGCGAAGAUCCAGCUUCAUGUAACUGUGUUGGGUAUUGUAAAAGAGAUGUUUCGCCCCAGGAAAGUUUAU